AUGUCAUCAAGCAACAACACUCAUUCAUCAUCAUCUUCCCUUCUCUUGGAUAUUGAAGACAAUUUGAACAAAAAGAAAGAAAAUUCAAAUCCUAUUAGUAAACCAUCCUUUCUCAAAUUAUCACAGCAACAAGAUGGCACAAAUGAAGGAAUGCCUAGAUUUGCUCCUUCCGAGCUCUUGUCCAGACUACAAAGCUUUUUACCACAAAUUAAAGAAGCAAACGAAAAGCUAGAAAGUGGUGAAGUUGAAGGCUUUUCGGAUUGUGUUGAAAUUAUUGAGAAUGAUGAUGAGGAGGAACAAGAUGGUGCUCAACUUCAAGAGGAAAAUUAUAAUGAUGAAGAAGAAUCCGAACAUAAACCCUAUGUGGAGAUGAAUGUAGUAUUGGGAGUAUUAGAACAAAAACAAAAAACAAGCCUAAUUACAGAUAUAGAUGGACCAACAGAGGAUGAACAAAAAUUGGAAGAAAAAGAUGAAGUUGUAAAUUUGAGAAUUGGAAAGGAUUUUACUCCACAAGAAAGCAAAAAUAUUGAACAGGAUAUGGUGGCAUAUAUGAAUAUUAUGAAUUCUCUUCUCGGUUCUUCAUCAGCAUUGAAAAGAAAACGAGUAGAGGACAACAGUGAUAGUGGCAGUAGUGGUGAUAGUAGUGACAGUGAUCAAGAUUAG